AAUAAAUAGAAGGAAGGCAUAAUAAAGUAUUUAAUUAUUUGAAGCUACAUAGUAGAUAUCUUCUCGAAAAAAUGUCGGGGAAAAGUAAAAUUGAGGUAGAAAAAGUGGACAAACCACAGCUUGCUAAACAUGACAGCAAAAAUUUGGACCUAGCAUUUGCCAUGGAUUGUACGGGCAGUAUGGGCUCCUAUAUAAAUGAGGCUAAAAAUAAUAUUCGUAAAAUUGUGGAAGAAAUAGUGGCGAGUGAGAAAAGUGAUGUAAGACUGGCUCUCGUCGAAUAUCGCGAUCAUCCUCCACAAGAUUCUACAUUCGUAACUCGUUGCCAUGACUUCACACAUUCGUCUAAAACUAUGAAAGGUUGGUUAAGUGACUGUUCUGCUACUGGUGGGGGAGACACGCCAGAAGCAGUGGCUGAUGCGCUUCAUGACCUUCUGAAGCUAAGCUGGAGGGAAGAGGCAACAAAGAUUUGUGUAUGUAUUUCUGACGCACCUCCGCACGGGCUUGGGUGUGGAGGUGAUGGAUUCCCUAAAGGUUGUCCAGAUGGAAUAGAUCCCAUGGUUGUAGCACAUCAGCUGGCAGAAAAAGGUAUAACGAUAUAUAUGGCAGGUUGUGAGCCUAGCAUAUCUCCAUACAAAGACUUCUUCAUGGCUGUAGCUUAUAUCACAGGCGGACAGUAUGUUCCUAUGCGGAAGGCACAAGUUCUUUCGAAAGUUAUUAUUGGUGGUGCCCAGGAGGAACUUUCCUUGAAUCAGUUAAUGGCAGAGGUAGAUGCUGAAGUGCAAAACAGAGUUCAGGCCGGAGAAGAUUUCAACGAGGAAGAGGUAUCUGACCUCAUGCAUGAACGGUGGAGAUCACGAGGUGAGUGCGUAGCUCAACUUCAAAUGAAUAAAGCUGAACUUGGCACGGUUUUGUCUUCACCAGAAGCAAAGACUUAUUCUAAAUUUAAAUCUCUAUCAGAGGUGAGAACAAAUUUCAAAGCAAAGCCAACUUUAAGCACGAGAUCUUCAUGCGACGCUGCUGAGUAUUCACUAAAACCUGCUACGAAAGGGAGUGGUGGUGGGAUAUUAAACUGGAUCGGAAGUUGGUUUGGUGGAUAUACAGAAAGCGGCGAUAAAGCGGAACCAGAGUCGAUAUCCCGCGGUAUACCAUCAGAUGAUGAGUACGAAACUGUUAAAACAGAAGUAACAAUCGCACAAUCUUCGAGGCUAGUGAAAAAAGCUAUGGCAAAACACAAGAAAUAAAUGUAUCAUUUACAGCUAUGAAACAAUCUCAUCUUCGUGUAUUGUAGUGAUCGUCAAAAACAUUUUUGUGAAUUGAGUUGUAUUUUAUGAAAUACAAAAUGUAAUAUGUUGAUUUGUUUAUGUCAAAACACUUCAAAAGACUUUACAAAUGCCAUAUUAAUGUUUCUUAAUUGUAUUGAAAUGUUUAUGUUUCAAACAUUUUUUAAAUGUGAACAUUUUGAAAUGAGGAUUAAUCUGUACAUAUAUACUGGUCGUAUUUUUCUUUGUGAUAAUAUGUCCGGACUGUAAAAUGUUGAAACUAAAUUCCUGUUAAUAUCCUGAUCUAUUCGAUUCAUCAAAUUGCAAAAAGUGGUAAACUCAGACAUUGUACUUCGAGAACAAUUAUGAAGUAUGUGCACACUUUAAAGAUUUAUAUUGAGCAGCGUUCAUAUCGAUGAUGAGCAAUGGUGAUAAGAACAUUUUCUUAAUUGUCAUUAAAUGAUCAGUAAUUAAUUGUCAGUAGAUGAUGGGUACUUUAAGUCAUACUAGUUAUAUAUUUUUAUAAUACAUCUGCUAACUCUGUAUAUAAAGUGCAUUUGCAUUACUAGAAUA